AUGAGCACCAUUUCGAGGGGCGUGACGCGGAUCGUUGUGCAGUCGAUACGCGGCGACUUCUGUAGGGAUUUAACCUGCUUGAUCAUACCAACCAUCACGAAUUUGAUACCGUCAGAGGCUUUCCCGCGGAAUUCGAUAAAGAUACCUUCGAAUAUUAAAUUAGCGGAUCCGGAGUUUCAUUUGCCGCGUCCGGUUAACUUAUUAAUAGGCGCGGGGGCGACGUUGUCGUUGUUCUCCGUCGGGCAGAUCAACCUAUCCUGCGAUGGGCACGAUUUGUUUUUACAGAAAACGCGUCUAGGUUGGGUCGUAGCGGGUAGCACGGCGUUGCCUGCUGGGCAAAAUUCAGAAACCUGCUAUUUAACGAAAUUGGAGAGUCGGCUGGAAGGAUUCUGGGCGAUUGAAGAGGUCGCAUCGUCUAAGCCUAAAUCAGUAGAGGAGACUGAUUGCGAGGCGCAUUUCGUGAAAAACACUCGCCGUGACAUUAGCGGGCGUUACGUAGUUCGGCUCCCAUUUCGCGAAACGAAUAAACGUCUUGGCGACUCGCACGCCAUCGCGCUCCGACGUUUCUUGUCGCUAGAACGAAAAUUCCGCGCGAACGCGUCAUUAAAAAGCGAAUACACUCGGGUAAUAGAAGAGUACAUGAAAAUGAAUUACGUUUCCGUAAUCGCGAACGACAAUGAUGAUGGCUAUUAUAUGCCUCACCACGCGGUGAUUAAGGAAUCAAGCAACACCACGAAGGUGCGAGUAGUUUUUGACGCGUCCGCGAAGACAAAUAACGGUACGUCUUUAAAUGACGUAUUGAUGACGGGUCCUAUAAUACAGGAUAAAUUAUUUUCACACUUAAUUCGGUUUCGCGCUUACAAGUAUGUUAUCACAGCAGACAUCGAAAAGAUGUACUUGCAGGUAAUUUUACACGAAGAGGAUCGCCGAUAUCAACGGGUUCUUUGGCGGUUGGAGAAUAAGAUCAAAACGCUCCAAUUUAAUACGCUCACUUUCGGCGUUUCCUCUUCUUCAUAUCUCGCAAUUCGCACUUUACACAAGUUAGCGGACGAUGAGCGCCAUGCAUAUUCUAGAGCGGCCGAAAUCAUUAAGACUCAUCUAUACGUAGACGAUUUAUUGACCGGGGCCGAUAGCAUCGAUGAUGUAAAAAUGAUUAGAGACGAGAUAAUAGCGCUACUCGCGCGCGGCGGAUUCAGCAUCAGGCAGUGGGCCUCUAACGACGAACGCGCUGUUAACGAUCUCGGAACCGUAGCGUUACACGCAAAUCUUACAUUCAGCGAGGAUCGUUCUUUAAAAACGCUGGGCGUGACGUGGUGCGCACGGACCGAUGAAAUACGUUAUUCUGCUCAACCCAUUAAGAUCGCAAAGAAAUUAACAAAGCGAAAUAUACUAUCGGAAAUCGCGAAAAUUUUCGACCCAUUAGGAUUAUUAGGUCCCAUAAUAAUGUACGCCAAAAAAACGAUGCAAAACGUGUGGCGGUGCCAGUUAGAUUGGGACGAAUCAGUUCCGCAAAAUAUACACACGGCCUGGCUGGAAUUUGUCAAGCAAUUCGAGUUAAUAGAUCAAAUCUCCGUUGAUCGUAAAUUGUUGUUGGAAGAUCAUCGCGACGUUCAGAUUCACGGAUUUUGCGACGCGAGUAAUAAUGGAUACGGCGCAUGCUUGUACGUGCGCUCGGUUGGAAAACACGGAGAUACGGCGGUCAGAUUAUUGUGUGCCAAAUCACGCGUCGCGCCUUUGAAAACCGUCACGAUUCCGCGUCUCGAACUCUGCGGCGCGCUGUUAUUGGCGCGAUUAUAUCGCGAAAUCGAUAACGUUCUGAACAUCACACGCGACAAGGUAAUUUUUUGGAGCGAUUCGACCGUCGUCUUACAUUGGCUAAAUACAUCGCCUCACUUACUCAAUACCUUCGUAGCCAAUCGUGUCGCUGAGGUUCAAGGACUCACGGAUCCGGGCGCAUGGCGACACGUCGCAUCGGUUGACAAUCCGGCCGAUGCGAUAUCUAGAGGCCAGCUACCACGCGCAUUCUCGCAGAAUCGCGUUUGGUUCAAGGGACCCACGUGGUUAGUUAAAAACGAACGUGAAUGGCCGGGCGAAUUCGCUCGAACGGAUAAGAUACCCGAGCUAAGGACAAAUGUUUGCCUCGCAACGGCGUCCGGUGACUUCGCGAUAUUUGAAAGAUGCUCCUCUUACUCCCGGUUGCUUAGAGUUAUUUCCUAUUGCUCGCGAUUACGGCCCGCGAAUAAAUACACUGGAAUGCUAUGUGCGAAGGAGAUUAGCGAAACUGAGACACGAAUUUUGAAGAUCGUUCAAGCCGUACGAUUUCCCAAUGAAAUUAAAAGACUCGAACACAAGGAUUCGACGGUAGGCGGUAAAAUAGCCAAUUUGUGCCCGUUCUUAGAUGACGACGGUUUAAUUCGUGUCGGGGGACGCCUUCAAAUGUCAAAUUUAUCAUUCGCUCGUAAGCACCCAAUCUUACUUCCGAGUCGACAUAGCUUAACUGAUCGCAUUAUUCGCGAAGUCCAUGAAACGCAUUAUCACGCCGGCAUUCAAACGACGCUUUACGCUCUUAGACAAAAAUUUUGGAUAACCGAUGGUCGCAAUCAGGUUCGAAAGAUCAUUCGUGCAUGCGUGCGGUGCUUUCGAUUUGACGCCAGCGUCGUCAAGUACAAAAUGGGAAAUCUCCCAUCGGCUCGCGUGCGUGAGUCGGCGCCCUUUGCAAACACCGGCAUUGACUUUUGUGGACCGUUCCACAUUAAGGAAAAAAGGUACCGCAAUCGUACGCGAAUCAAGGUUUAUGUAUGCGUAUUUGUUUGCAUGACAAUUAAGGCGGUACAUCUCGAGGUCGUCAGCGAUCUAACGUCCGACGGAUUUAUUGCUGCACUGCGGCGAUUUGUAGCAAGGCGAGGGGUGCCAGAGCAUAUCUAUUCGGACAACGGGACCAAUUUCGUAGGUGCAAACAAUCAGUUGAAGGAGAUGUACGCUUUAUUUAAUUCGGAAAGGCAUAAAGACCUGAUAAACAAAUUCGUCAACGAUCAUAAAAUCACGUGGCAUUUUAUACCGCCGGUAGCUCCGCAUUUCGGAGGAUUGUGGGAAUCCACAGUGAAAAUCUUUAAACACCACUUUAAACGCGUUGUAGGCGAUGCAUUAUUCACAUUCGAGGAAUUGAACACAUUCGUUAUCGAAAUCGAAGGCAUUCUGAACUCGCGACCAAUCACCUCCCUCUCUUCUGAUCCGAACGACUUACUGGCGUUAUCCCCGGCUCAUUACAUGAUCGGUAGACCGCUAACAGCCCUUCCGGAGGGCGAUUUAUCCAAUGUUCCAGUCAAUCGAUUGUCCACAUGGCAACACAUUUCUAAGGUGCGACAAGACUUCUGGACGCGAUGGAGCCGUGAAUACUUAAACGAGCUCCAAACACGUAGCAAAUGGAUCCAAGACGGGCCAAACCUCGACAUCGGGACUGUCGUCCUUAUAAAAGACAAGAAUCUGCAAUGCUAUCAAUGGUCAUUGGGCAAGGUCACGAAGGUCCAUCCAGGUGAAGAUGGAAUAGUGCGAGCUGCCACGCUUAAGACCACAGCUGGAGAAACGAAAAGGGCGACGAAAUAUCUAUGCCCGUUACCUCUUCAGCAAUGA